AGACCUGCCUGUAUCCCUGCGGAAUGUUUGCAAGGAUUGCAAACGCAGUGUCCAGAGGAGAAAUAUCUCGUGAACUUGCCGUAAACAACGUUUUUGCAUUCUCUCUCAUUGGCAGUUGCUGCUGCUACACUUGCUGCGUGAGAAGAAGGCUGAGAAAGCUUUUCAACAUUCAGGGAAGCUUAUGCGAUGACUUCCUAACGCACCUGAUGUGCUGCUGCUGCGCAAUGGUUCAAGAAUGGCGUGAACUUGAACUGAGAGGCGUCGAGGGUAUGUGUGUUUCCAGAUAUAGCCUUCUCGUCUGCCAGUCUUGCUACUUAUUUACUGCAAAUCCGUUCUUUGCAGGGUGCCAGGGGAGGAAAAUGAUUCCUCCACCUUACCAAUUCAUGAAGCCUUUUUAAACCGGUCGACUGGUAACUGGGUACCAUCAGCCCUUCAUUUUGUUUUACAUUGCUACACAGUUUAGUCCACAGAGUCUGUAUUAAUAUGAAUCUGUGUUUACACGGAUUAGU